AUGCCGGUCGACAAGAUCCGUAUCUCCGGGGACCCGCGGCUCCGGUAUCAAUCCGCUACAGUCAAUGACCAUAAGUAUACCUACCUUCUCAGCCAGCCUGAAUCGGGCAAAUACCGAGCUACAAUCUUCUUGAUCCAUGGCUUCCCUGACAUUUCGAUGGGAUGGCGAUAUCAGAUCCCCAUGCUGGUCAACAUGGGACUGAGAGUGAUAGCUCCUGACUGCCUGGGAUACGGCCGGACGGACGCCCCUAAUGACCAUGUUCACUACUCGCACAAACGCUGUGCCGACGAUAUCAAGGCCUUGGCCAAUCAUCUCGGUGAAUCCAAAGUCAUUCUAGGAGGGCAUGACUGGGGCGCCGCCCUCGCCUACCGCAUCGCGCUCUGGCACCCAGACCUAAUCAGCCACCUCUUCACGGUCUGUGUUCCCUACGCGCGACCUAUGGAAAGGUACGUCUCUCUCGAGGAACUGGUGGCCAAUGGUGCGCCGCACUUCGCGUACCAAAUUCAAUUUGCGAGCGGGGACCUAGAAAAGGCCAUCCGUUCCAAGGGAGAGAUUCACCAAUUUCUAUCUGCGUUGUACGGUGGCCGGACGGAGAAGCGCGAAUUUGGAUUCGAUGCCGAGAAGGGCGUUCUGCUGGAUAAAAUGCCGCACCUGAAGCAGUCGCGGUUGUUGAGUGAGGAAGAGCUGGAUUACUAUUCCACCGAGUUUGCACGCAAUGGCAUCCAUGGCCCACUUAAUUGGUACCGCACGCGCAAAGUCAACUAUGAGGAAGAGCUCGCUAUCCUCGGCCGACGAAUUGAGAUCCCAGUGCUGUUCAUUCAAGCUCUCAAGGACGAGGCUCUUCCGCCGCACCUGGGCAAAUCAAUGGCCAAGCACAUUCCCAAUUUGACUCUGAAGCAGGUCAACACUGCACACUGGGCGCUGUGGGAGAAGCCUGAGGAAGUCAACGAUAUCAUUGCGACCUGGUUGAAGGACGUUGCUUUUACGGAGGGACGGCCAGGCAAGCUUUAG